AUGUCUGACUACGGUGGCGGUGAAGAUGACUUCGGGAACGAGGUUGGAGGCGCCGGAGGAGGCGAGGAGCCCUACUACGACGACGACGAUCCUCAGGAGGAGUACUACUCGCCUGAGCCCCAGGAUGGGGCCGAGCCAGGCGCAAACGGCGCAGCCGACGAGGACGCCGACAACAUCGUCCCCUCGGGCGACCCUGCAGCCGCCGCAAAGGACAGCCUCAAGUCGCACAAGGACAAGAAGAUCCCCAACGACCAGCGAACGACCACGCCUUACAUGACCAAGUACGAGAAGGCUCGUAUCCUGGGCACUCGGGCCCUGCAGAUCAGCAUGAACGCUCCUGUCCUCGUCGAUCUCGAGGGAGAAACCGACCCGCUGCAGAUAGCUAUCAAGGAGCUGCGCGAGAAGAAGGUUCCCCUGAUUGUGCGGCGGUACAUGCCCGAUGGAUACUACGAGGACUGGACUUGUGAGGAGUUGCUGCAGUGA